AUGUGGCUCUUUCGAGUUCUAUCCGGGGCCAUCUUCCUCAUAAUCAUCGUCCUUUCCAUUCCGCUGUCCUUCGAUGUGGGUGGUAAGACGUGUGGGUUGGCCUACUCUCUGUCUCUAGCUACAUUCUAUUUCUUCUUUUCACUCUUGAAACUUAUAACCCCCGACCGUUCGCGGAUUCGUUAUUCCCUCAUCAUCAUCGUUAGCUCUGCACAAUGGCUUAUAAUCCAGAUCAUUCUCAUCUGGUCGUUAAAUCGCUUCUCGAUUGAUCCCGACAACACCAGUGGAUGGAUGGAGCGGGGGUUUAGUGAGACGAAGGCACACAGCGCUUCCAUACAAGACUGGAUUUUUGGUCCAGAAGGUCUUCUUGAGACCGUCACUAUUGGCGGUUGGGAUAAAUUAUUGAGAUGGUCGGCGCCUUUUUUUCAGCUUGCAGAAGGGUUCUGCAGUUUGUUGGUUGUCCAGGCCGCUGGUCAAAUCACUAGGUGGCUGGUCAAUAGAGGCGGACGAAGCGACAGCUGGAUGAUUUGUCUCUUGGUACUGUCCGCGUCUAUCAUAUCGAGCUCCGUAUACUUUCUCUGGCGCGUCCUGCAAUUUCCGGAAAUUUCUAACGUCGACGCCGCUUUGAUCGGAGUAUCCAUCACCUGUGCUGUGAUAUUGUCCUCGUGGGGUAUUGUCAGUGGGCGAGGUAACCCAGUGGAGAGCUCUCUUCUGUUCGCCUACAUCGCCCUGUGCAUCUAUCAGAUUUUUACCGACUAUCAGCCAUCGUCUUCUGAUGGACAAGCCCCUAUUCCACCCCAAACUGGGGACUUUCCUCCUCUUCCGCCUAUUAUUAUGGCAUCCUACACAACUCUCGUACAUUUACUGUCUCUUCUUCCGUCGAUCAUUCACGCGGCUUUCAAUAUCAUAACUGCCGCCUUAAGCGCCAUCUCGCCAUCGGUACUCAUAUCCCUCGCCUACCGCUUUGUCGUCUUUUAUGCCUCCACUCGGAUAAUUCCUGCCGUCCGCGAAUCCGGUGCCCGCGCCCUCUCCCAGGAAGUUUCGUUGGAUGAUUCCGACGGCAGUGGACAACUCCUGGGUUUCAUUAGCUACUUCUCCCCUUCCAUACUCAUCGCUGUCUACACCAGCCUUCUGAUGCAGCACUUUGCAUCAACGUCACAAGCGAUGGGAGGUAGCGGUGAAUGGUGGAGCAGUCAAGGGGGUGGAGGGGGAAACUUGUGGCGGUGGAUUAACCUCGCCUGUACUAUGGCCUUAUAUGCAGUCGAGUUAUGGCUCGGUGAUCAAGAUGAGGUAUAUACCGGGCUAACGGGUCAUUGGAAAACAGAUUGA